AUGAAAGACGACCGCUCUUCCCUAUCACCAUCUGUCUUCCCAAUUACUACACUAACCUCACCGUCUUUGUUCUUUACUGUUCAGAGCCAAAACCCUUUCACCACCACCGCCCUAUAUGAAGCCUCCAGAAAUGCAACCCCGACUCCGUUAUUGUCUACUUCUUCCCAACGCCCAUUCAUUGAAAGAGAAUCCUUCACCGUCAGUGUCAUCGAAAUCAGAGCCGCCGGUGUUGUAGAAAGAGAAUUCACCACCGCCAGGUUGCCACCUCUAAAGGUUUCUGGUUCGUCUCCAUCGCCAAUUCAGAAUCGUGUUCUUAGGUCACUCGAAAAGUACUCAUGGUCGGUGAAAUCAAAAUGUGAAAUCAUGUUCUUAGGUUGUAAAGGUGGCGGAUUUUGGGGUUGCCCGGUUUUGAGUCAAGGGGGAGUUAUGACAGCAGAGACUGGAAGUUACAGAUGGAUGGCUCCUGAGGUUAUAAAUCAUCAACAAUAUGAUGAAAAGGCGACAUCGAAGUGGAAGCAAGAUCAGAAAGACCUGGGAGUGAAAGGGACAGGGAAAAGGGCCGUGAUAGAGAGAAUAGGUGUUGUGGCUAAACCUUGUGCUGAGUUUGUUGCUGGAGUACUUGCAAUAUGGUUAAAUGGAGGUGUAGCUGUUCCACUUGCACUCAGUUACCCUGAAGUUGAGUUGUUACAUGUCAUGACUGACUCGGAUGUGUCCAUGAUUUUGAGUACUGAUGAUCACAGGGAGCUUAUGCAAAAAGUUGCAGCUAAAACUGCAGCUCAAUUUUCUCUAAUACCAAAUGUUCCUACUAUGACUUCACAAGCAGUAGAUAAUGGUGUUGUACAUCAAAAAGAGAAUGUAUUUGCAAAUAACAUAAAAGACGAUGAUCCAACAUUGAUUUUGUAUACUAGUGGAACAACUGGGAAACCUAAAGGAGUUGUUCAUACACACAGUAGCAUUUUAGCACAGGUGAAAACAUUAUCAACAGCCUUGGAAUACACAUCAAGUGAUCGUUUUCUACAUUGUCUUCCAUUACACCAUAUCCUUAAAUAA